AUGCGUCAGCCUACUCUCAGCUCUCGCGAGCUUUCGUCUUCCCGGAAGCGCUGGAGCACCUUCCCGGUUCGGGGCGUCGCAAUGUGCGUAGACUGUGUGGAGAAGGAAUAUCCCAACCGGGGUACCAUCUGCCUGGAGAAUGGGUCUUUCUUGCUCAACUUUACAGGCUGUGCAGUAUGUAAUAAGCGGGACUUUAUGCUGAUCACCAACAAAUCUUUGAAAGAAGAGGAUGGAGAAGAAAUUGUUACCUAUGAUCAUCUGUGUAAGAAUUGUCAUCAUAUAGUAGCCAGGCAUGAGUAUACAUUCAGUAUCAUGGAUGAAUUUCAGGAGUAUACCAUGCUGUGUCUGUUAUGUGGCAAAGCUGAAGAUACUAUCAGCAUUCUCCCUGAUGACCCCCGACAAAUGACACUGUUGUUCUAAGAAUCCUGCAGUUCGGUUGUAAUUCUGUUGUGUUGGUUACAAUACAGCAAUUCUGAUGACUUGUUUUAUGUAGAUUAUAAUGGAAAUUACUUUUCUAUUUCUGUUUAGACUCACUCAUUCUUUGAAAGGAAAAGUAAUUUUGGGGAUUCUCUCUAGAACUGAGCUCCUCUGCCAGAGUUCUUAGCUUACAUACUUAAAUUGGAGCAAAUAGAUAAAUCUUCUAUUCUAAAAAUAAUGUAUGUAAAUACUCUCCACUCCUUAAGUGUGGGCUUGGCAUUGUCCCUUUCUUCCUAAGAGUACAGUGUGGAAAGAGGAUAAAAAUAACCUUACUGUGGGGAAACUUAAUAACCACCAGCUCAGCCAGGUGAUUAAUAGUAACAGGUGCCAUGAGAUAAGGGAGGGGUAUUGAGGGCAUUGGAGAAUAACAACUACAAAGGUAAGCUUUGUUCCUAUUAUGUACCCUUUAUGGGAGGUGAUGAGAAUGGCUUUACCUCUGGAUGUUCCCAGAAUUCACGACUGUGGUCUCAUCAUGAGAAAAACAUCAGACAAGUCCCAGUUGACGGGCAUUACCUGACCAGUUCUUAAAACCUUUACAGUCAU